AGAUAUUCUUGGAAAAGUUAAUACGAGAAUUCGAACUAAAUUCCUUGCGGCGUCGGCGAAGAUUCAUUCAAGUAAAAAUUCCAGAAGCUGGCUUGGGAAAAUUGGCAGAGUUUGAUAACAACUAAAACACCGAAAGUUUUCCUUACAGUUUCCUCUCUCGCCUGGUUUCAAGCAUUCAAUUCACCUCACCAGAGAAACAUUAUUAUAAACUAUUAUGAUGUUGAUUGUGAAAGAAUGAGAAGAUCCUAUUCAUUCGUAGGACUAUAUUCUCACGAUCCAAAGACCAACUUGAGAGAUCAUUUGUUUAUGUACAAACCAAGUGAUUGCCCAGAAGGGCGCAUUGAAACAAAUUUUUCCUUCCCUUAUUUUGAUUUUGAUAAAAAGAACCUCUUUUCUAGAUGUCUGGGCUACUGGGCAGUCUACCUGGAAGCGGGUAGGAUUGUUCAUUCCACAUGCCUAAGGACUAAUCCCGACUGGAUGUAUAAUAUGAAAAAUAUAAUUGGUGACAUGACUUUUAACUGCUUGAUGAUACCAGGCACUCAUAAUUCUGGGUGUUACUCCAAAUACAAUCCUUUAAAAGACACCGUGUACGAAAAAUAUGUCUACACGCAGGAGGAAUCGAUUUUUAAUCAAUUGGUGUAUGGAAUUCGGUGCAUAGAUUUGAGAGUAUGGCACGAGGGGUCUGUUUCGAUACCAAGCAAGAUUCAAAUUACUCAUGACAGACACCGCAUGGGCUUGCCAUCCCUCACAGAUGUCCUCCAGGAUGUGAAAGAUUUUAUCAAUGCUACAAAAGAGAUUGUCAUUAUAGACAUUCAUCGUCAGCUAACUGGAAUGUUUAACCCCCAGCCGCUUCAGAAGUGGCAACAUAAGGACAUUGUUGAUCUAGUGAAAAUUACAUUCGGUAAAUACCUCAUUGAGCAUAAAUAUUCUGAAUUACCACUGAAAUUCUUAUGGAAAAUGGAUAAAAGAGUUCUCGUUACUUACAAGUAUGAGAACUAUGAUCUAAUCGAUUCUGCUUUCUCGUUGGCAGUUCACCAUUGGUGGGCUGGAGCACAAAAUGUUGACUACUUACAUGAAUAUUUACUUAAUAAAGCCUGUUCGAAUCCAUACUACCCGACAGCUGCAGUUGCAGUACUAACGGCAAGUAAAUGGAUGCCUGUAAUAGAUCCUACAAUGAGUCUCAGGAAAAUGGCCGAAAAAGUAAAUUACCCUAUAAACAAAUGGUUCAGGAAUGAGUUAUCAUGUUCCAAUAUAAUUCUGACAGAUUAUUUUCAAGGCAACAAUUUGAUUGAAAUUGCUAUUGAAGCGAACAAAAACGCGAGUCGUUGCCUGGAUGCAUUUCAUUAUUAUUAUUAUCAGAUGAGUGAUUUGGCUAAAGAGCCUCUUGAAAUGUAUCCUUUUGAUUGAAAGAAACAAAUAUGUAAGAAUAGUAAAAUGCAGUAUUCAAGUAGAUAAUUAAACAAUAGAGCGUAGCAAAUAAGUAAUAAUAAUAAAAAUUAAAAGUAAUAAUAGUAAUAAAAUGUUCUAAAAUAAGCAUUUUAAUAUCACUGAAAAUAAAACACGGCAAUGUAAAAUUAAAAAAUUAAAUAACUUUAGAUCGUCAUGAUAAAGCUCUAUUAAUUUCGAUGACUGGCAGAAUAUAAGUCUCGUUUUCAGAAGCAAAGCAUUUUUAAAGCUAGAAAGACUAAAAUUCAUAUUUACAUGGAAUCUUUGGAAGUAAUGAAACAGAAAAGAAUGUAUUGAAGAAAUUAAUAAUGAAAUACAAAAGGGCAAAGCAGUCAGAAUUUUGAAAGCGCUGGAAAGGACUCGAAUCAAUGUCAUUAGCUAAAGAAGAAAUCCUUCUCGAUAGGCGGGGCAACAAUCAUUUUCAUUUUUCUUUCACCAUUGAUUUCAAUAUACGUAUGAUUACUGUUCCUCCUACGUUUGCAAAAUUUUUCUUGUCGAGAAGAAGGACUUACAUAUGAUCACCUAUAACAUCUAUAGAAUUUUAUUAAAAUUCUCUGAGAAUAUAAGCUUGGUUUUUUUGCAUAAUAUUUUUACAUCUGAUCACCUAUAAAAUCCACAGAGUUUUAUUAAAAUUCUCCGAGAGUCUAAUGUUAUUUGUUUGCAUAAUAAUUUUCAUAUAAAAGUGGAAAAAAUAUUUAUAUUAUUAUUUUAUUUGUAUUAUUAUUUAUGUUUUGGAAAAGAAGACAGUUAUAUAAUGUUUUGAAGAUAGAUAAAAGAAAUAAAAACUAUCUUUGCUGCUUUGCUAUACACAAUAAUUAUAAUUCAUAUAUCACACAUUGAACUACUGACAUAUUUAAAUGACAAGUUCGUUUUCUUCGAAUGAAUAGUUGAUGUAAAUUACAUUUUCUUUGUUAACAAAAUUAUUUACAGUUCUUUUCUGAAAGACUUCUAUAUAUAACUUGCAACUGAAAUUGAUAUGUUUUUAAUCUUUAUUUACUAUAUUAGAAUAACAUUUUUAGUAUUGACUAUUUGUUUAUUUAUUGCAUGUGUUUAGAUAAAAGACUUACAUUAGAAAAGAGAGUCUAAAUUUUAGUUUUUUGAAGGCAAAAUAAGAACCAAUUUAC